AUGCCCCGGAAAUAUUGGGGUGGCUCUGGUGAUGCACUCACCGUGUGGAUCUCUGUCGCUGCUUCGACAGUACUGAUUUUCUAUGGCUACGACCAGGGAGUGUUUGGCAAUGUCCUCAUUGGCGAAGACUUUCUCCAAACAAUGGGCCAUCCAUCAUCCAAUAUGCAGGCAACAAUGACCUCCGUCUACAAUCUUGGCUGCUUCGUCGGUGCUAUGUCUACUAUCUGGACAGGCGAUAUAUUUGGAAGACCCCGUCAGAUAAUUGUCGGAAGUACGGUGAUUGCUAUAGGAGCUGUUAUUCAGACUGCUUCUUAUAGUGUUGCCCAGAUGAUGUGCGGCAGAGUCAUUGCCGGUCUCGGAACAGGCAUGAAUACAGCUACCGCCGGUGUUUGGCAAGCCGAAACAAGUAAAAUGCGUAGUCGAGGAAAGUUGGUUAUUAUUCAAAUGGCAAACUGCAUCACCGGGUUUUCAAUCUCAAACUGGCUCACUCUAGGGUUUUCAUUUGCAUCCGGCAGUGUAGCAUGGAGGUUUCCCCUUGCUUUCCAAAUCUUCUUUACGCUGCUCAUAUACGUGCUCUGCCCAUUCUUGCCAGACUCGCCCCGUCUCUUGAUCCGCAAAGGAAAAUACGACGAGGCUCGUGAAGUUAUAGCUGCUUUGGAGGGAGAUGGAGCAACACCGGAGACUCCUUCAGUAAAGUCACAGUUUAAUAUCAUCAAGGAUAUUCUUGAUCGGGAGCAUUUGACUAGCUAUACGUGGGCUCAGCUACUUACUGGACGGGGUCCCUCAGGUGUUCUUCGACGUAUGAUCCUCGGUGCCUGGAUGCAAGCCAUGAACCAAAUUUCUGGCAUCAACAUCACCAGCUAUUACAUGUCAUACGUAUUCAUCAACGCGCUCAACAUCAACGAACUACUCUCUCGCAUCCUCGCCGCCGCAGGAAGCGUCGAUUAUCUCAUCUUCUCGUGUCUCGCAUAUUUCAUCAUCGAGCGAUUCGGGCGUCGAAAAGUCAUGAUGUGCUCCGCUGCUGCAUGCUGCACAUGCUGGAUUGUGAUUGCUAUUGUGCUCGCUAUUUCUGAUACGGGACGAGGAGAUUCAUAUAAACUCGGCAUUGUAGCUGUGUCGUUCUUUUUUGUGUUUUUUGCGAGUUUUGGUAUGGGCGUGCUUGGGGUACCAUGGCUAUAUCCAACCGAAAUCAACGCCCUCGAAAUGCGCACUAAGGGCUCUUCGCUUGCCAUGGCCACAAACUGGAUUAUGAAUUACAUGGUCGUCCAAGUGACUCCUCCAGGAAUCGCCAAUCUCGGAUGGAAGUUUUGGAUUAUCUGGGCAUGCAUCUGCUUUAGUUUUAUACCGAUCACAUACCUGUUUUAUCCCGAAACGGCAAACCGGACAUUGGAGGAUAUUGAUCGGUUUUUUGAAACAAAACCUGGCAUUAUAAUUGCUUGGAAUAAGACUGCAACACAACUCCAAAGGCCAGAAGAGUAUAUCCGUAUGGACGAGGAAUUUGCUCAGUUGGCCAACAGUGAGAAGAUGUUUGAUAGUAGCAAUCAGGGAGAGAAAGCUUCGCAUGCUGACGUCAAGACUGUUCAUCGAGAGCACGUCUAG